AUGCAUCCUUAUGAAUCGAACCCGCAUAACAUCCCCCAGUCUGAUCUGUAUUCGGAUAUACCGCUCUAUGGCAGGUACUGUCCGAGCCCAGAAGACUUUCAUGUAGAUGUCCAGCACGUCAACUCUAGCUCUGAAGAGUCUCUACGAUAUUGGGCUACAGUUGUGGAACUUUGUACGGAAUCAAACAUGAUUUUCCCCGCAGACGCAGACCAAGGUCGCGAUGUUUUUGCCGUUGGCAGUGUCAUUGUCAAGUCAAGUCACCGACAUCAAGAGGACAAGAUUGACUACUCAUACGCCGAUGCCAACGAAGUCCAAGCCAUCGCUAUUGCCAGGAGCGUCCUAAAGGGAGUCAAGGUGCCGGAUAUAUAUUUCUCUGGCAAGAUUGAUGGUCGUGCCGUGUUGAUCCAAGAGAGACUUCCCGGACGCCGUGACCAUAUAGUCCCGGAUCCGAACAUCCUGACAAACGGCCGCUUGAACCCUCGAGAGGCACACAUCCUGCUCUCAGCGAAGCAUGACCAGGAUAUGAGCUUUACGCACAACGACUUUACGCCAUCUAACUGCAUUGUCAACGACGACAGGAUAGUAGGGCUUAUUGACUGGGAAGUGGCCGGCUAUCUCGGCUGGGAAACAGCUGGGGACGUUCAUCGGAAGAUUAGAUGUCCUCAAAGAGAACAUUAUGUCCUCGCCAAUUUAAGUGAAGGGGAGCUUCAAGAUAUGAUGUGGUGGAAUGAUCUUUAG